GCAACGGUUACGCCAUUAAGUUCAGGGUGAUACAUGUACAUGUAUCUGAUAGUGAGGAAGCUCCAAAAAUGUAAUGUAUCUCCCCAGGCAAUGACACAGAGCACCCGGUUUGUUGAAUUUCGUUGCCAACGCUGACACAGGGAGACUGGAAUUUAGCACAACCACCGAACCUCACGCGAUGUUUCUACAUGCUCUGGCGCAAGAAUACAAGACGAAGACUCGGUGUGACUGCCUGGAGCUCUUUAACUCAGUAAGAGGAGAGCUCGAUCUUUUCUUGGUAAAAUGUAAAUAAACCAAACUAUUUGUUGUGUCCAUUUCACCAUAGAAGUAGAGCCUAGCCAGGUAAGGUGAGCGGUAGUGUUGAAAAAAAACUCAGUUUGCAGUGCGGUCUGACUGGACCAUCGACGCAGUUGUUACUGCCCGUAGCAACGGAUAUACAACAUGACCCAGUAACACAUGUCCCAGUGUUCACUUGGAGGAAAUUCUGCCGGCACAGGAAGGAGCAACAACAAGAACCGAACCGGCAAACAGUGGUCACUUCCCAGAGCAGAACUAACUUCUACGUGAAACUUACUUCCAGAAUUUCGACGAGGUAUCCCUCGCAGGCGAUUCCAAUCGCGGACUCACUGGACCGGCCUGUUUUGUUCCGGAGAUUACUAGUAUGACGAGUUGCGCGGGCAGUGCCUGACAAAGUUUGCGCACACCUGAGUUAUACAACAGGACCAGACUUUACAUUGGGUGGGAACAGUUAGUCUUCGCAGUCCUGGUAGGCUGUUGUUGGUAGUAAAAAGACAUGGGGAACUGCUGUUCCAACUAUGCCGGCAUGUGGCGGGCCCUCCGAGAGGGGAACUACUCCGUGAAGGAGAUCAACUACGGCGGGGCGGACGCCACGGUGCUCCGGAGAAACAUCGGGGUUCCCGUCGUCAGUCUGUUGGACCAGAACAACAUUCGGUACGUGUUCGACGUAGACCUGGUGGAGAAGGUACCGUUCACGCUCGGCAACACCGUGUUGCGCCCGGCGGUGCUCGGCGGACACUGCCCGGGGAUGUUGUCGAACGGGGACGAGCACGCGAGGCGGAAGAAGUUCUCGAUGGCGGUGAUCCAGAGGAGCCUGACCGGCGGACGCCUGUUCUCCGCGCUGGUGGAACAGCUUCACAAACACACGUCCGCCUGGGCCGACGUCGGGCACAACAUCUACGACUUCGAGGACCGCGCCAACCGGUUCUGCGCGGACGCCGUGUCGGAGAUCAUCCUGGGCGGCGGCGCCGCGCUCCCGUACGAGUCCGUUCGAGCCUGGCAGAACGGACUCCACUCCCACAGACCUCGGGUGCCGACCCUCACCCGGUACUGGGCCAAGUCCCAGGCACGCCAGGCCCUGCCUGUACUCCUCGCGAACAUCAGGAGCGCGCCUGCCUACGAGGAGAUCAUGCAGCUGGGAAAGACGUGCGGACUGACGGAGGAGGAGGCUACCCAUGAACUCCUGUACGUGAUCGUCGGCCAUGCCCUGCCGCAGAUACAGAACCCGCUGCUGGCCUGCCUGGCUGCAUACGCCGCCAUGCCGGAUCUGGACAGGCGGCAGAUGUGGGAGGAGAUGAGCAAGGUUCUCCAUCACGUCGGCACGUUCACCGAGGCCAUGCUGGGCUCCAUGCGGUGCGUGGAGAGUUUCAUCCUGGAGGUCCUCAGGCUCCGGCCGCCGACCGAACUCUUCUUCGGCCGGGCUCGCAAGGACUUCGUCGUCAAGACACGAGACAGGGAGACCUUCCAGGUGCAUGAGGGAGAGGUGGUGUGCGGCAGCGCCUUCUGGGCCGGGCGGGACCCCACGUCCUUCCGCGUGCCCAUCAUGUUCCGGCGGAACCGCUUCGCGUGUCCCGGCAGCGAGGCGACGCGGUCGUCCCUCAUCUUCGGGCGGGGCCCGCUCACCUUCCUUCCCAACGCCGAGAACCACCAGUGCCCCGGGCUGGAGCUCGCCAUGUCCGUGCUGAAGCCCGCCAUGGCCUGGCUGCUCAUGUUCUGUAAGUGGAAGCUGACCGAGGAGCCGAAGUGGAGCGGGAAGAGGCGGUCGCGCUGCGGCAAACCGGACAACCCCAUGGGCAUGGUCACCUUCAAGUACUACCCCACGGACGUCGCCAACUACUACCCGCUACCGGGGGUCGUUCCGUCCAACAAGAAGGGCAAAGACAGUUCUCCUAAUGUAUCAUCUUAUGUGUCAUCAAUACUCUGAAAAAACGCUGACCUCGUCACUAUAUAUAUAGAUAUAGACAUCCACAAAGUUUAUGAAAUGUGGGCAUGUUUAUGUAUAUAUAUAUAUAUAUGUAUAUAUCUUUGUUAACUCGUAGCGUUUUGUUGAUCGCCGUUGAGGCAAACAUUAAUAAA